AUGAGGCCACUUCAUCACUCAUCACCACCCCAAGGUUCCAUUGCUCCAUUUGCUGCACUUCCACCAGAAAACAUCUUCCCUUCAAUCUACUAUGGAAAUGGAAGCAUCCACCGGUCGGAUCCAUUGCCGAUUAUUUUAAGUGUACUAGCGGGAAUGUUUGUUAUUCUAAUAGUAGUAGGGAUAAUUCUUUGGAAGUGUAUAACUUUAACAACACCACCACCAGCCACCGUUAACCAGCCUGUACUAGGAGUGCCGGUGCCCAUUCCGAUGGAAACGUGGGUAUCAUCAAGAGUUGCGGGUAACAACGAAACCGUCUAG